AAAAGCGGGCUUUUUUUCAUUUUUUUUUCUCUUUCUCUUUAAUAACAAUGGCAGCAACAAGAUCUCCAGAAGAAAUAGAGAAAGAUAUUGUGAAUAUAGAACACGCUCUUCUUACAGUUUCCGAGAUACGAUCGUCCCUUAAAAACUUUACUAAUCUAGUUCAAUCAGAAGAGAAGGGACCGAACUUUGUGCAUUCCAUUAGUGAUAGACUUAAAAUCAUUCGACGUGAUCUACAUACCUUAUCAGCCGAAAGCGAGAACUUGAAAGGUGCCUUGGAAUAUGCUCAAAUCAAAGCGAGUGAGAACAAUUUUAAUUGGUCCUUGAUCAAGAGUGUUGCUGAAAAGGAAGCUGUUGAAGAAGAAAAUAGAUAUCAAGAAGAGAAUUCAGGGAAAGCAAAAGAAAUUGGAUCAGUUGUCAAGGCAAAUGCUCAACAUGCUUACAAAGCAUUGUCUUCAGUCAUUAUAGAUUAUAAAUCAACACUGACACCAGCCGAUCCUCUUUUCUUUACAAAGCAUAUUCAAGACUGGCUCAAUACAAAUAAGCCAGAAGACAUUAAUUUUUCUGUCAUUUUCACAGUGCCAGAACAUGUAACAUUGACAGGUUCAACAUGUAGCAUCAAAGUCUUUUCUCGAAAAUCGCUAGUGGUUGAUUUAGAAUUAGAAUAUGAAAGAGGAUCUGAUACCUUAAUUAUACACCAAUACGACAUAAAAAGUGUAAAAGAACAGGUUUGUGGAUUCAUUUCAAAGAUCAAUAGACUCAGCAUAUGCUAUAGAAACACUUUUGGCAAGAUUCAGAAUACUUGGUAUUUCAAAAACUCAAAUUAUUGGCGACAAGUGCUUUCGAGGACAUGUUGGUCUAUUUUGCAAAAGACUCUUUAUAUAAUAUUUUGGUAAGCAUAUUUCUCGGGAAAAAAACAAAUUAAGCAAUCAUAUUAGGACUGGCUUGUAAGUUAUCAUGACUUGUUUACAAGACCAUGUCAACGUUGUCAUAAACUACUUCAGUUUGAUUCUCCUCAAUAUAAAUAUUUGCCACCAAUGGUCAGAACUUGGACAAAGAAAUUGUCUAUUCAAAGCAAUAAUGGCUCUUCUGAGUAUCAUACUAUUGGUAUUGCAUACCAUAUGCGAUGUUAUGCUGAAUAUAAAAAUAACCAUGCCUUCUAAUAAAGAGCUUUAUUUUUCAGUAAUGCAUACCGAUUUUCUUUAGGACUGUUAAUCUGUGACCGUAACUUCCAACCAAAACAGAUCAACUUUUUUUUUCUUUCUUUAAUUUCAU